AUGGAGGCAGUAUUACUUAUUUUGCAACAACAAGAGUUAUAUGCAAAGUUGUCAAAAUGUUCUUUUGGAGCUACAGAAGUAGAUUAUUUAGGACACAAGUUGAGGGGAUUCCUGGUUUUAACGGGAUACUAUAGAAGAUUCAUCAAGGGAUAUCCACACAUUGCUGCACCCUUAACUCAUAUGUUAAAGAAAGACAAUUUUGCUUGGAAGGCAGAAGCAGAAACUGCAUUUAAUCAGCUCAAAACAGCAAUGACAGUGGCACCAGUAUUGGCAUUACCCAAUUUUACACAACCAUUCAUUCUAGAGACUGAUGCAUCUGGAAUUGGGAUAGGAGCAGUGUUGGGGCAGGGGGACAUCCCAUAG